UAUGCUGUGGGAUUCCCCCCUCCUCCUCUCCUCUGCGCCUCAAUAGCGCGAUCCAUAGAGCGAAAGCCUCCUUUUCUCCGUUUUCCUCCACAAUGACAUUCUUCAAAUAUCUUCGCUCCGUUAAGAAUGAGCUUAUCCUCUUCUCAGCUCCAUUUCUUCUUCUUCCACUGCCUUUAGUGAUCGGGACAUCGGAGGCAGAAUGUGCCUAUGUGAUAGCGCUGAUGGCGGUUUACUGGUGCACAGAGGUGCUACCACUGGCUGUAACAGCUCUGCUCCCAACCCUCCUUUUCCCCGCGUUUGGCAUCAUGAAAUCCAAAGACGUAAGUAAAAUAACUGCAGCAGUGUGUAGAAUUUGCUCAGCAGGGCUGAAUGUCUAUUCACACAUCUUACUCUGUGUGACCCAGGUGUGUAUGCAGUACCUAAAGGACACAAACCUGUUGUUUGUGGGGGGGCUGCUGGUUGCGGUUGCCGUGGAGCACUGGAAUCUGCACAAGCGCAUUGCCUUGAGGGUGCUGCUCUUUGUUGGUGUGCGUCCAGCGCUUUUGAUGUUGGGUUUCAUGGGUGUGACAUCCUUCUUGUCCAUGUGGAUCAGUAACACGGCUACCACAGCCAUGAUGGUGCCUAUUGUCCAAGCAGUGCUGCAGCAACUCAACGACAGUGAAGCAGAGAUACCUCAGAUCCUCAGCUCAGAGGAGCAGCUCCAGACAUCAGAGCCUGACAGCAAACAGCUUCCACAGACAGAGAAAAAGAGUGAAGGACAAGGCCCACUGGUGGUGACUUUCUUGGAUACCACAGUGGAGGCUGCCAAGCAUAAAGAUGCAGUAGAAAAACGGAGAAUGUGUAAAGGGAUGACCCUGUGUGUUUGUUACGCUGCCAGCAUCGGAGGCACCGCCACGCUGACAGGAACCGGUCCCAAUCUGGUGCUCAAGGGCCAGAUGAACCAACUCUUUCCUCAAAACGGAGAUGUUAUUAACUUUGCCUCCUGGUUCGGCUUUGCCUUCCCUAACAUGAUCCUCAUGCUCACAUUGGCCUGGCUUUGGCUCCAGUUUGUCUUCAUUGGAUUUAACUUUAAGAAGACGUGGGGCUGUGGUGAUGUGAAGACAGAGAAGGAGAUUGCUGCCUAUAAUGUGAUCCGUGAGGAGCAUCGUCUGCUGGGGUCCAUGUCCUUUGGAGAAAUAAGUGUCCUAGGUCUCUUCAUUCUGCUGGUAGUGAUGUGGUUCACAAGAGACCCAGGCUUUGUUGGAGGAUGGGCAACAAAUAUCUUCAACUCUGAAGCAGAGUAUGUAACAGAUGCAACAGUGGCAAUCUUCAUAGCCGUCCUUCUCUUUGUUCUGCCCUCUAAACCCCCACAAUUCUGCUCCUGGAGGACUCAAAGUUUCGACACAGCACCCCAUCAGAUUGCUGGCCCAACUUCACCUCUGCUCACCUGGAAAGUUGCCCAAAAGAAGUUACCAUGGGGCAUUGUGCUUCUUCUUGGCGGAGGUUUUGCUCUGGCCAAGGGCAGUGAAGAAUCAGGACUCUCAAAGUGGAUGGGAGAUCAAAUGACACCCCUGCAAACCAUCCCUCCCUGGGCAAUUGCUAUCAUCUUAUGCCUGCUGAUUGCUACCUUCACAGAGUGUACCAGUAAUGUGGCCACAGCGACGCUUUUCCUACCUGUCUUAGCCUCAAUGUCUCAGUCCAUUGGAAUCAAUCCACUGUACGUCAUGGUACCAUGUACUCUGAGUGCCUCUUUUGCCUUCAUGCUGCCUGUUGCAACGCCUCCAAACGCUAUAGUCUUCUCUUAUGGAUACCUCAAGGUUGCUGACAUGGCCAGGACAGGAAUAGUCAUGAACAUCAUUGGCAUCCUUUGUAUUACACUGGCCAUCAACACCUGGGGCAAGGCCAUGUUUGACCUGGACUCCUUCCCCCCAUGGGCCAACGUCACUGGGGUGUGAGCCUGGUUCUGCCAUAGAAGAUGAUGCCAUCCCUAUCCACAGGUGCCAGACAAAGACCUCUGGUCUGAGCAACAGCACAUGACCACACAGUGGACUGCAUGCGUCCGGUUGCUGUUAGAAUACAACGCCCUCAAGGCUUGUUUCUUUGACACCUGAGUCUUGCUUGUGAAAGAAAAUGGUGGUGAAUAUGAUUGUGAAUGAAAGAAGAGUGGUUGAAGAAUGCAAUUAAAACCUUUUUUUCAUUUACGUUUUAUCAAAAUGAAAUAACACUUUAAAGAAAUACCCCUUACGCUCACACACAUCACAUAAAUCCUACUGUCAGUAUAUGUAUUCUCACAUAGAGAGAUUUUAUGAUCGUUCUAAGCAGCCAAUUCUAGAAACACUGUUCAAUUCUCUUUUUUUAUCGCAAGAAAUCAAAGGAAGGGCUAUUCACAAGGUGAAAGUUAUCAGAAAUGUCUUACAGAGUCACAUGAAGCCACAACUAAAUAGCAAUAAGCCGUAACUUUGCACAUUUACGCUAGUACUGCACUUAAGUACAAUUUUGAGGUACUUUAUCUAAGGAUUUAAAUUUAUUCGCCGCUUCUGCUUUAACUUUAUUACAUUUCAGAGAGAGAGGGAAAUAAUGUCCUUUAUUACUUUUAAAAUUUAUCUUACAGCUUUAGUUAGCCCACUAGUACCUUUCAAUAUUACGAUAAUAUGAAAUAGAUUAAAGUACAUACAAAUGAGUCCCAUCUUCACCAGAUACAACAUUGAAAAUGAAUCCAAUAACAUUACAUUUACUAUCACAUCCAGCAGCCGAAUGAUUACUUUUGAUACAUUUUGGGUCAGAAUCUGUACUUUUCCCUAAGUAACAUAUCUAAUGAUAACAUAUCUAAUUAUCUAAUGCAAAACUAUUUUUACACAGUGGGGAUGCUACUUCUACUAGUACUAGUUUACUAAGUUAAAAAAAGUCUUCCACUGUUGCUGUCAAGCAGUGAAUGUUUUGCAAGCACAUCUUUCUAAAUAGAUAAUAUUUAACAAGUGCUGUUGGUUAAGAUUUCCGUUUUAGCAUUUAUAGAUAAUGGGCUUGUAUGUACAGUAUAGCAGAGACUUGACAAUAAGUAAACAUGCACUUUGACCAUCAGGAUUUAUGGUGGUUUGUCAUGGUUCCAGAAUCAGAUGAACUUUGAAAUGUGUAAUCACUACAACACAACAAAACAUACAAUAUAUGUGCCUUGUACAAAUACACCUACCUAUUGUACUGUAAACACAUUUUCAAUAUUUUGAUCGAUGCCGUAUGUGCUUGCAUUGUGAAAUGUGUCACUGCAAUAAUGAAUUCUGUCUUAACUGCAAUAAAGUGUUUUUUACGAAGUGAUGCAUAAUUUUUCUUUCUCUUCAAUUUCAAGACUUUUGUGCUGGAAAUGAUGAAUGAAGUGUUUUCUCUGCCUAAGUGGCCAAUGGGCUGAAGUAAACAAAAUGUCAUUGGUCUGUGACUAACUAUUAAAAUAAAAGACAUGAGUUUCAAGAUAA